ACGGUGAAUAUCAGUAUAGUUGAAGAGUUUUAACCAGUAUCAGUGCAGGGGCAGAGGAAAGAAGAGAAUGUGGAGCAUCUGAAUAAUUCCAGCACUUCCCUAUAUCGCCAGACAACUAUUCACAAGCGUCCAGCGACAGUCUAACUACCGCCAAAGGCUUGGCCCUCCCUCCACCCCUCUACGCUGCCUCGCCCCUAGCUCAGACCGGUUUUCAAGCAAGAUAUGGUCACCAAUGAUAGAACUGCUCUGGCUGCGGCUGAGAUCUUGAUCGACGUCAAUAUAGAUUAAAGAUUAAUUUGAAUUUCCAGGGAUUUGUCGCGUCACGGAAUCCCCAGGACCAAUGAGUCCAGCGGCGAUGCUGUCAACAAAGGACAUGACCAAGCCACUAUAGGUACCUAGGUACCUGAUGAAGUUCUUUCUAAACCUGCUACCUUGUAAGUCUUUUUUUCGAGUGUUCUCAGGAGAGAUCAUCGGAAACUCAGCGGUUCAGCGUAGAAUAAGUCUGUUGUUUCUCCCUACGAGCUUCUUCGUUUAUUUUAUAAGUGUAUUUGGAAGUCUAGCCACAAUUUCCAAGUCAACAAUCCACCGAACCAAUCUUGCACAGCACAAAUCAUGACUUUUGACAUGCCUCCAUUCCACCUCGUGUCUGCGGUUCUUGAUACACCUGCGGUGACAAGCAUCAUAUCUCAAGAGUUCGCGAACAUACUACCUGCAUCAAUCCGCGUAGACGCAACCCUGACGGUUCCAGAUUCCAAAUCCGUGCUCGAAUGCAUCGAUACGGAAACCGACCUCGAACGGCUUGAUAAGGUGCACCAGCACCUCUGGCUGACCGGACGACCGAUGCCGCCGCGACCGCUCCACUACCAGCGGAGCGUGGGCCGCGAGAUCGUCAUCUCGGAGAGAAUGGACAUGCGUCUGGUGUGGGGCGACGGCCGCAUCUACAUCAAGCCUCUACCACGUUUCUUCCUCGAGCCGUGUUUCUGGACGGCAGACCUGUCGGGUCGCUCGCGGCUCCAGCAAAAGGACACGGCAGGAGAAGACGAAAGACUCGAGGAAUACCGCAGGCGUGCGCGGGGCUUCCUCUACACGUAUGCAGCAAUGGUGGCCAGCGAGAGCGACUUCCGCAUCGCAAGGGACCACCACCUCUUACCCGAAGAUCUGGAAUGGCAGGCAUGGCGGAAGCUGGUCGCGCAGCUCCUGAGCAGCGAGCCAACAGCCAUGUACGCAUCGAUGCAUCGCCGGUUCCUCUAUGGGGAGCUGCGGCUCAGCAGGUUGAACAAGAUAUACUUCUACUGGGAGACGCCGCUGGCUAACUACACAGCCAUGUUUAACCAGUACGGUUCCUUCUUCCGCCACAACUUGGGGCUGUUGGUCAGCAGCAUCGGGUAUGUAGUCGUGGUCCUGACUGCGAUGCAGGUCGGCCUUGCGACGGACCUCAAGGACAAUCAGGCUUUCCAGUCGGCGUCGUACGGGUUUGCUAUCUUUGCCAUUUUAGGGCCUCUCGCCGCUUUGGGUCUUAUUGUAGUUGCGUUCUUCUACUUGUUCAUCAACAACUGGAUCGCAACCGUGGCUUUUGGGAAGAAGAGAGAAAAGGCGUUGAGGCCUCUAAGGGAUUAAGAGAACGGAGGUAUAAAUGGCGAUUCACUUCCAUAGUCUGUACUGUUCACAGGUCCAACUACUGCGUUUCAUCUCCUCCCGCGCCACACAUAAUAAAG